AUGUGGGCAGCCGGAUCUGGACAUUUCGACGCCGUCGAGCUGCUGACGCACCACGGUGCGAGCUUCGACCCCUGGGUGCUUGAUGACUCUCGCGGAGGCGUUCCCUUUUGGACAACAAUCACAGACUCUCCGAUACGAGAGUGGUGGAUGUCCCAGAUGACGGUCUCUUCACUAGCGGAAAGCACCCUUGGCAACUUCAAGACCUACCUGGCAGUCUUUACUGGUGCCCUUCUAUCUGUACUCCUGGUACUGGGCACCCGGUACCUCAAGGGCUUGCCCAUGAACGCUUCGGUUGCCAAGAUCGAGAACUACCUUCCAGUUGAGCUCAACCGGAAGCGGGGGUUCUCCCGGGGGGCCCAGCUUCUCAUCGGCAAAGCUCGCCUGCCAUGGGCUCUGGGAGCAGCUUUGUACACCUUCCGCAGCGUCGAGGUGGUUACGAAUCUGGUUGCCAUCCUUGGUUCUGGAAUGAUGAUCGUCUGGUGGCCCUGCUGGCUGCCUUUUGUGAUUGGCGGCUUUCUGGCCCCAACUUUGCACAAGAACUACGCAGUGAAUCUGUCAAAGCCAGUAUUGAUCACCGCCGUAAAGGAUCCGCUGUCGGCUCUCUUGGCGUUGCUCCGCACAUUUCUCUUUGGUUCCGUGGCCAUGGCGGUGUGGAGAGAUUAUCGCAGCCGACAUCCAGAUUUGGGUUCUUCUCUGCAGAUCGCGGCCCCUUCCACAUUCUGGACCGGUUGGAUCAACCUCGAGCAGGCGCAAGCCCAGGUGAAGAUGCACUCGGAUUGGACGGAAGAGCCGACGCAACUGCAGGCGAACUUGGGUCGCAUCUUUGAGUUCUUCAUCUCUUCGGUGCUUCUUCUCGUGGCCCUCUAUGCCACCUCUCUGGCAAGUUACCU